GGAAAACCUGUGAAAGGGGGUGACACAACGAAUUCAAGAUGGUGCUUGUGACGGCGGCGGAGUUCAUCCCGAAGUUCAAGGCGCUCUUCGCGCAAGAGAUCCAUGGCGCUAAUCCUUCCGUGACAGUGAACACAAAGAGCAUUCCGUCCGAGAAAGUUGGCAAGUUGCUUCGCGCGCAUGCCGUGGAAGCUGGGCCGAACGUAUGGCUCAUUCGGGCAGUCAAGAAUGGCAACAACAAGCACAAGAUCAAGAUCUCGACGGCGGUGACGUCGUUCGAACACACCGAGUUCGAAGCCAAGUUGGCGGCCGUAAUGAAGGCCAAAAUGCAGGGGUUGGCACCAACAAAGAAGAGCAUGCGCCAUGCCAAGGCCACCACCACACAAUCGUAGGAGAGGGAGUCUGUACUUGGAGGGUAAUCAAGUCUAAAGUUCUGUCAAGUCAGUGCCGGACCAAAGCGCGUGCACGACUCGAUCGACGCCACAACUUGGACGUCCGACAAGAUCUUGUUCAAGUAGCCAUGGCGACUACUCCACAGGUGUCAUAUCCAUUGCUCCAUCGAAAGAUUCAACGUACUUCGAGGAUCUCCGCUUGUGUUGAUGGGUGGACGCAUCCACGGACGCCAACUUGCUCAUCAUCGGGAUCGUGUCAACGACUGCGCCCUGGCCUUGCAAUGCCACGGUCGUUCUGUGCGCGAUGGG